AUAUACUUGUAUAAGUCUGAUUGUGAGUAUUCGCUGGGUGCGCGAUGAUAGCGCCAGCUAGCGGUUACAAUUAGGGCGGACUGGAAACUGCGAUCUUUACGAGAAUUUUCAGGCAAUCACACACGACACUAUUUCCUAACCUGAAACUAGUGAUGUACCUGCGGCGGACUUUGACAUGACUGUCUUCGCGAGAAUUAAACAUGGCCAAAUUAAUUAUCAAAACUGGAUUCCGAGCAGUCACACACGACAUCGCUUUCCAACUACAAACUACAUGGAAGGAAAAAAAUUAGUUUUUACUCAACAUGUCCAAGACGUGAAAGAAAUACGACAAGGUCAUAUGAGCCACACCAUCGAAGCUCGUGUAAUUCGUCAAACUUCAGUGACAUCGACGCCAUACAUAACAUCCUUGAACAUUGUUUCUAGUCGUUACGUUACGAGUGGACAAUGUGAUUGGGAGUACAAUCAGAGUGGUAGAUGUAAGCAUAUUGCAGCUCUGAUUUACUACAUCAACCACGAAGAAAGCUUUUCCAAAACCAGCAAAGAGCAGCAAUGGGGUAGAUCUAGUGCCAGACAGUUCGCCAAAGAAAAGUACUUCAAAAGAAAAUACUUCAAAGAAAUGAUCGGCGACUGUCCUGUUCGUCAGAUUUUUUGCCUCCAAUGAAGUGCGCACUGCAAAUCCUGUCAUGUGGCUAUGGG